GGUUUGGUGCAAUCUGGAAGGCUGUUGUAAUAACCGACAGACCGAAAACACAGGGAAGGGUUUGGCAGCUGUAUAAAGCUCCCCCGAGCUCCAGUCCCCGCAGAAGGGCACCAGCCCCAGCAACCAGCAUGACCAGCCAGUCUCAGGGAAUCCAGCAGCUUCUGCAGGCAGAAAAACGUGCCAAGGACAAGCUGGAGGAAGCCAAAAAAAGAAAGGGAAAGAGGCUGAAGCAGGCCAAAGAAGAAGCCAUUGCUGAGAUAGACCACUACCGGCUGCAGAGGGAGAAGGAGUUUAGGAAUAAGCAAACAAAUGUAAUGGGCUCCCAAGGUGACCUCUCUGCUAAAAUAGAAGAGCAAACAAAGGAAACCAUCCAAAAACUCACCAGCAGCUACCACAAGAACAAGGAGAGCAUGAUGAAAAAGCUUUUGAACAUGAUAUACGACAUCAACCCUGAAGUCCACCCAAACUUCCGACAAGCAGCUUAAGAUCAGCUAUGUGCUGGGGAAAGACGUUUGUAAGAAGUUGGCUUCUUUCUUGAUAACCAUAGAUAUUUGCUCCUUUAUUGUUUCUGUAUUUGUGAGAGAAAGAACACUAAAGCCAAAAGUGCACAGUUCCAGAAAGGUUUUUGAUGUGACAAGAAUUAUACAGGGUUUCACAAGCAUUUGUUGGAAUAUUGUUUUUUCCUGGUGGUAGUUAAGCCCCUGUCAUUUGAACGAGGGCAAGUCAAUAACUGCAGAAUAAAUAAUUAUUUGACACCAGCA